AUGAGGGUUAUGAAUGCACUCGGGCUAUGCGCCACUUCGGAGCCUGAGAAGUAUAUUGCCACGGACAAGUCCGCUAGUAUGAUACAUCCAAUAGGACGAGAUGGCGUCCCUUGUAUCUUUGACCUGACCGUUCCGACGCUCUCCAAGCUUCCUGAAUACUUUCGACUUCAUGGUUACAGAAAUCCCCAAGAAUACUCCACUUCCCCGAUGAAAUGGGCUGUGGGAAAAAGUCAAUUCGAGUGGCUCGCUGAGAAUAAAUUGCAUCAAGAUCUUUUUAAUUCGUACAUGUCAAGUCGGCGUGAAGGAAGACUCAAUUGGUUCAUCAUAUAUCCAAUUGAAAGACUAAUGACAGGAGCAGUGGCUAUCGCCGAUGCAGUUUUCCUUGUUGAUAUCGGGGGGGAAUCAGGGGCAUGA